AUGGUCUCGGCCUCGCCAUGGAAAGACUCGUUGCACGCUGGGCCUGCGGGGCCGAUGUCAAAUGCGCUCUUCGCCACCAUCGUGACCUUCGACGCGCUUGCCCUCUGGAUGGUAUUGGAAAUCAACCUCGGCGUGAGCCGCUUGUUCAAGAAGUACAACGGUCUUUACUACUGGAGCAUCCUGAUCUCAUCCUGGGGGAUAGUCCUGCAUACUGUGGGCUACAUCCUGAAAUGGUGGGCCCCCGGCAGCCCGUGGGCUCUCAACACCUGCUUCAACCUUUUCGGUUGGUCCAUGAUGGUCACAUUCCAGAGUCUGGUGCUGUACUCGCGGCUCCAUCUCGUCAUCCUGAACUGGAGGAUACUGCGUGCGGUGCUGAUAUUGAUCAUUUUCACGGCAAUUACGGUUGAGACACCGCAGUGGGUGACGAGCUGGGGCGCGACGAAUCCCCAACUUAGCACCACGAAGCACUGGACCCCUAUCGACAGCAUUAUGAUCCGCGUCUCGCAGGUCUGGUUUCUACUGCAAGAGGGACUGCUGUCGGGCCUCUACAUCUGGGGCGCGAUACAUAUGCUUACGCCGAAUGCUGAGCUCAGAUUGAAGAAGAUAAUGUGGGAGCUCAUCGCCACCAGCACUGUCCUCGUCGCGUUAGAUCUAAUCACCGUAAGCCUCGCCUACCUCAACCUCCACGUCCCGAAGGAGCCGCUGCAGGGCUUCGUCUACGCUCUGAAGCUGAAAUUGGAGAUCUUCAUCUUGAACCAACUACUAGCGGUCCUCGACAAGAAAAAGAACUCCUUCGGCGGCUAUCGCUACCGGUAUGGCACAGACUCGGAGAAGAAAUCUGGAAGCAGGACAAAGUCGGCGACAAGGAGACAUGAUCUGGAAGCCUCGGUGGACAGUGAGAAGGAGAGAUUCGGACUGCCUAGCGUGGCGCGACUUUCAAGAGGCCGUCCGUGGUUUCCGUCGCGAGAGGUCUCGAAGGAGGAUAGUGGCGGCCAGUCGUCUGAUACGAGUACGUUUGGGCUGCCUGAAAGCGCGAGAGAUAUGCGACAGGCUUCUUCGCCGAAGCCUGGGUUUGCUGAUGAGAGCAAGAUUGCGUGGGUCAGGCAUGAGAUUGAGAUCGCUAGAUCGUCGAAUGGGAGAUGA